UGCUAGCUGCUUCAUCACUCCGAUAUUUUUGAGAAAGUCACAAGUGAGAUUCAUUCUUGACGAUAAAUCAAUUGUCAUCUACGUAGUGCUCAAUAAUAAUUGUGAGAUACAUCUUUGCUCCAUGGAAGAUAUUCUCCCAACAUCACCAGAAUGUUUGGAGCUGGAGACCGGGAUUGACUGGAGCUCUCUUACUGGAUCCAGUGCCAUCAAAUGUCUCCUGGAAGACUGCGUUUGGCAUUGUUUCCAUGGUAACAGGCAUCUUGCCGAGCAGCAAUCUGAAGAGCUGCUUGAUGUGACUUGGGAGAAGCUGAACACAGGUCAUUGGAAAGAUGUAAAAAUUGGAUGGAGACAUAUAUUCUCAUAUGCCUCUCUAAUCAAGGUGUUAUGUUUCAUCAACAAGAAACCUCAAACACCAGAGGUCAUACAGGAGGCUCUGUCUGCCUGUGAUAGAGGAUUGCUGAUGGGAGCUCCCAUUAUGAAUGGAAUCCUAACACAACUUGCAUCAUGUCUCCAUGCCAGUGGAGGGGUUGCCAUGGAUACAGACUCCAGGGAGAAUAGAGGAUGCAUAGAAGAAGAUGAUAAUGAUAGAAGCAGUGUCGCCCAUCAGGACCAGAAACGAAUGAAAGUUUCUCAUCACCAUGAACCCAUCAUCCAUGAAGACCAUGAGAUACCUAGAGUGAUGACCCCUUCUCUACAUUCAUUCUUGAUUGAUAACAUGGAGAAAGAAUCACCAGUCGUCAUAGAGGGCGCUAUGACCCAUUGGCCUGCUAUGAGUCAUAGACAAUGGAGCCUGUCGUACCUGUGUCAGAUUGCUGGAAAGCGUACAGUACCAAUUGAGCUUGGAUCCAAGUAUACAGAUGAUAGUUGGUCACAGUCAUUGAUGACGCUCAAUGACUUCAUCAAUCACCAUAUCAUCAUUGAGAAGGAUUCUGAUUUCAGCCCGAGGGUGGGGUACCUAGCUCAGCAUCAACUCUUUGAUCAGAUUCCAGAGUUGAAAGCUGACAUCUGCAUUCCAGAUUACUGCUGCUUGCAUCUACCAGCCUCCUCUAGGAAUGAAGGAGAGAAUGGAGGAAAGGAAGGAGAUGAUAGAGGGAAGGAACAAGACAUUCAGAGGACAGUAUCAGGACAAGGAAAAUAUCACAUGAAGGAAGAUCUUGAGAAGGAAGAAAAGGAGACAAAAGUGAAGGAAGAUGCAAAGGAGGAGAACGAAGAGGGGAAGGAUGAAGAGACAAAGGAGAAGAAGGGAGAGGCAAAGGAAGAGGAGGAAGAAGAAGAGGAGAAUGAAGAGGAUAUUGAUAUCAAUGCUUGGUUUGGACCAGCUGGAACGGUCUCACCUCUUCAUUUUGAUCCCAAGCAUAACCUUCUAUGUCAGGUGGUUGGUAAGAAGUAUGUCCGAUUAUACUGCAAGGAUUCUACACGUCUCCUCUACCCACAUGAAGGAUUGUUAUCAAACACUAGCCAGGUGGAUGUUGAGAAUGUUGAUGAGGAUGCAUUCCCGUUGUUCCGUCAAGCUUCCUACCAGGAAUGUAUCCUAUCAUCUGGUGAGAUGCUAUAUAUACCACCGGGAUGUUGGCAUUAUAUCAGGUCUCUAUCUAUUAGUUUCUCAGUCAGUUACUGGUGGAGAUGACUCUUCUGUGGCUGUAUUCUGAAAAUUGCCUUAAGAUAAAUAUUCUUGUAUCAUAAGAGUAAUACUACAAAAUCUGUAUUCUAAAAAUUCUUAUAUCUUUUCCUAUAAAUUUUCUUGUAACUUUCACUGAUCACGUAUGAUAAAUAAUAAUAACGGUAUAUUUACCCAGGGUAGCCACUUCAGUUCUGAAAACUGUUCUCCCAGCGGGCCC